GGUCCACGGGUGUGAUGGGCCAGAAGCUGCUGGUGCAGGAGGCGCCUGGCUCCGGUUCCGGCUCGGCGAAUCGCAUGGAAGGCGGCGAAGGCGCCGGUGGGGGGGAGCUGCACCACUUCCUCCAUCAGUACAACCAACAGUCCCACAGUCCCGGGCAGAGCCUGCAGGGCGGCCUUCCGCUUCCGCUUAGCCCCCAGUCCCUCAGACACGACGGUUCCUCGAGCACCGGGAUCGCCGGAGUGAAAAGGGAGCCGGAGGAUUUGAGCUCGUCGAGAGGGGCGCAACAGUCCAGCAAAAGGCACAAGCAGGCGCAGCCGGACAGCCCCACACCGCCGGGGAUGUACCAUCAUCAUCAGCAUCAGCUACAGGUUCAACAAUACGGCAGCCCCUACGACCCGUACAGCUCGUGCAGCCCUCGUCUCCAGUCGACGACGUACACGUCGACCUCGGCGACGGGCGCCGCCAACACCGGGAAUCCGAGCGGAUUGCACCAGGAGGCGACCGCGGUGUACGUGACGGGGGACGCCCUACCGCCGUUGGCAUCCUCGAGCUCGUCCUCGUUAUCGACCACGACCGCUUCGUACACGAGGUACGAGGUUGUGCCAAGCUCUUACGCGACCACGCACGCGAUACGCUCCUCGUCGAGCAGCAGCAAAGUCCUCACCGUCGAUCUUCCCAGCCCCGAUUCCGGGAUCGGCGCGGACGCCGUCACGCCUAGGCAGGAUCAUCACCCGCCCACGGCGCUGCAUCAGUCCUCGUUCGACUACACGGAAUUAUGCCCCGGUGGAACGGCCGCUGGAGCUGCUGUGGUUCUCGAGAGCGGUGCUGUUAUACACCACCAACCAUUGCAGCUGCAGCUACAACAAAGUCACGCGCAGGCACAGGUGCAACGGGGAGCUUUGGUGUCCUCCGCGGCGACCAACUCCAAUCCUAACCCGAAUCCGCCGAGGUCGCGGCCUUGGCACGAUUUCGGAAGGCAGAACGACGCGGACAAAAUCCAGAUACCAAAAAUAUUCUCCGCCUAUGGAUUCAAGUAUCAUCUAGAGUCACCAAUUAGCACGUCGCAGCGUCGAGAGGACGAUAGAAUCACGUAUAUUAAUAAAGGACAAUUCUAUGGAAUCACGCUAGACUAUGUUCCUGAUCCUGACAAACCUUCUUUAAAGGCUGGCCAGACUGUUAAGAGCGUAGUAAUGUUGAUGUUCCGAGAAGAGAAGAGCCCAGAAGACGAGAUUAAGGCGUGGCAGUUCUGGCACGGAAGGCAACAUUCUGUCAAGCAACGUAUUCUCGAUGCUGACACGAAGAACAGCGUGGGACUGGUGGGCUGCAUAGAAGAAGUUGCACACAAUGCGAUUGCCGUUUAUUGGAACCCACUCGAAUCCUCGGCGAAGAUCAACGUGGCUGUGCAAUGUCUAAGCACCGACUUCUCCAGUCAAAAAGGCGUGAAAGGAUUGCCUCUGCAUAUCCAGGUGGACACGUACGAAGACCCACCGCCACAUACUCACACGUACACACCACCCUCGCAUCGCGGCUAUUGCCAGAUUAAAGUGUUUUGCGACAAGGGAGCUGAAAGGAAGACUCGUGACGAGGAGAGGAGAGCGGCAAAGAGAAAGAUGACGGCGACCGGUAGAAAAAAGCUCGACGAGCUCUAUCAUUCCGUCACGGAACGCAGCGAAUUUUACUCCAUGGUCGAUCUUCAUAAACCCCCGGUCCUCUUCUCUCCACCGGCGGAACACACUAUAGACAAGUUUUCGACGAUGGAGUUGUCGGGCUUCUACGGAGGUGGCGGCGGGGGCGGUGGCGAUACAGACACAUCGUCCCUGAGUAAUGGCGAGGGCGGAGGAUUGAAGGCGGGGGGCAGCAGCCCUUAUCCUGCCUGCGGCAGACCCAGCUUGCGCCUCAAGUUCCACAACCACUUUCCGCCCGACAAUCUGACUAGCCUACACGACAAGAAGGACUCCUUGCUGAUGCAGGUGCAGGAGCUGCAAGGCUCGGUGCUGCAGGGAGUGCAGCAAGGUCUCGCCGGAACUGUGGUGUCCGGGGUCGGAAACCGGCUGCAUCUGCAACAGCAACCGCCUCAUCUACGUCCAACCGACGCCGAGGAACGAGUGAUGCUGUACGUUCGCCAGGAGUCCGAGGACGUGUACACACCGCUGCACGUUACACCGCCGACCGUUCAAGGAUUGUUGAACGCUAUUGAGUCAAAGUACAAAAUUGCAUCCUCGAGUAUUAAUAACCUCUAUCGCAAAAACACAAAGGGAAUUACAGCGAAAAUUGACGACGAUAUGAUCCGAUAUUACGUGGACGAGGACCUGUUCCUGCUGGAGGUAACCCAUUCCCGAGUGCCGAAUCCAGAUCCGAGCAACGAGCGCAAUCCGGCCAAUCCUGGAUCACCUGGUGAUCCUGGUGAUCCGAAUGAUCCACCUGCCACCGCGGGAUACGACGUCACCCUGAUCGAAUUACCCUCAGCGUCGGCGCACAUUGCUCACUCGCCCCUCAAUUCCGCGCAUGGCCACGCGCACGUUCACGAGAGCGGGAACACGUGAACCUUUCGCCUCAUCGAAAGCGCAAAGAAGAGGAAGAAUGUAAUUACAUCGUACGUGGCUCUCGCCGUUUCGUGUAAAUAAGUCUGAGAGAGGGAGAAAGGCAACUGUCGAUGAUCGCGAGAAAUCGUCGACACGGUGCAAUGUAACAAGAAUUAUUGGACAGUUCGACCAGAAAAUGCUCUUCAGGGACCUGCGUUUGAAGAAAUCGCGUCGAGUGCAAGUGCGAGAAGGAGAAGAAGAAAAGUGGAAGAUAAAGAGAAGAGGAUUUCGGUGAAUGAUGAAUAAUUAAUUGCCACUUUACCCCACCAGUGCUUAACUUUAAGAAAAGAAAACUUACUAGAAGAAAGAAAAGAAGAAAAGAAGAGAAGAUGUCCGACGAGUUAUCCACGAGUUUGGAUUAUGUGUAAGCCGAACUUAAACACGAAGGAAACACGAGAAGGAAAUUCGCAACUGUUCUUCGUAUCGUACAAUAGACAAGAAGUCAAAAAAAGGGAAAGAAAAACAAUCGUUAGUUGAUAGUGAUCGUCUUGUGUAACGUUUUGAAUGAUCGUGUCUGUUAGAUCGAUAUACAGAUAGUUUCAACGAUGUAGAGAAUUUCGUGGAUACAGGGUGAUGUUUGAUCGAUUCGAAUACAAUUGAUUUCGAAUAGAUAUACAAAACUUUAUAUUUUUUUUGUAUGCUUGAAAUUUUUUUCGUGAAAAUACUUGUUAGUAUAUCAAUUACUCUUCGAUCGAAGAAUUUUGUAAUUCAAAGAAGAAAAAAAAUAAAACAUACCUCGUAUGCACGAAAUGUAGCGAUUGAACAAUCUGUAUACGCGUAAACAUUUUUAAUACGAAGCAUAAAAUCGCGAAGAAAUAUAUUUCUAAUCAAGGCAAGGCGACUCGUUUUUUAUAUUAUAAUUUUUUUUUUUUUGUUGUUUUCAUUUGUGAACAAUUUAUAUCGAUGGUUGUUAGCUUAUAGAGUACCGUUGGCAUCGUAAUUGAAACACGAUGGCUACAUGUAAAUCAAUCAAAAUUGAUUUAAGAAAUUCCCGCCCCUAUCCCCGUUAAAUAUUAAGUUAUUAGAUUUAUAUAUAUAUAUAUGUUAUAUAUAUAUAUUACAUACGUAUGACGUAUAGAUGUAUAUGAUAAAAAAAAAUGUCACUCUAUUUUAUUGUAUCGUCGGUUUUAGAGUUUAAAUACUUGUUUAUACGUUUAGAAAAACCGAUGGUCGGUGUUUCGACCAAUCGACGUGCACGGAGCAAGCUUAUUUUAUACCAAGACUUGUACGUAGAGAUAGGAGUAUAACUUUGAACGUCGCCAUUCCAAGAUAGACGGGUGCCAUCGAGCAUUUUUAUCUCUUUAUAAUAUUGCGCUCAUACACGUUCAGCUAUAUGUAAGUUCUGUUAAUUCUUGAUUAAGAUUCUCGAGCGGACUCAACAGUUUCAUUCACCAUGUUUGAACAUUCAAAGAUUCUUAUUUCACAUUUCCAAAUAUUAAUUUCCAAAUCGAAGGAACGUUUAAACGUUUCUCCUUUUUUGCAUCAACUGUUGAUUUUUAUAUCAUUAUUAUUAUUAUUAUUAUUAUUAUUAUUAUUAUUAUUAUUAUUAUUAUUAUUUAUAUACGGAAAUUAAUCGAAAAUCUAUUGAAUAGUAUCGAUUUAAUAUCCCUUAAAUAUUUUGCAAUUAUUUCAGAAUCCUCUUGAGUAUCCCAGGAUCGUUUGAUAUACAAAGAACAAGUAUUACUCAUUUGAAAUACGUACGUACUUUUUUCUAUUUUUUCGUCGAGAUUUAAAUAGAAGAGAAAAUAUACGUUCAUCCGCCGUAGCGGACAUCAUUGCAACAAAUAUUGCAAUAUUUAAGAUAGACAAAUACGUUGUAUCGGUAUCUUAAGAACAUUAUUUCCUUGAACGUUAGACAACUCUUUGAGAACAGAUAUUUCCAUAGCGUGAAAUUCCCUGAAAAAAAAUACAUAAAUGAAAUAAGAACUUUAAAGAAUAUAUUUUAUUAAAAUGAUUUUUAGAGAAUAUAUAUAAAUUCACAUAAUUAAAAAUUAUAUUAUAAGUUCUCGAAGGGUUUUUAUUUUAACAUAGUAAGCCCCGUGAAACCCAAGUUUAUCUUGAUUAUGGCAAAAACAGAAUAUACAAUGAUCAUAACCAAUGAUUCUCUGCAACGUCGUAGAAUCUGAAACGAGCGGCAAGAUAUAUUAAAAAUUGUCAAUAAUCUUUGGUUGUAUUUAUCAUUUUUUUUUUUCUUUUUAAGAUGAGACAACAUUAACGUGCCACUGAUAUAUAAAAACGAACCAUCUCGUCAUCACACACGUCGCGUGAUUUUUAUUGUAAAAUUGCACAUUUCGUGCACACGUAUACAUACACGUACACACAUUUACGCACAUACGCUCAUCUUAUUAAAAAUUAGUAAUUAGUUCGCAUUUAGGUUGGACUAGAAUGCAUCGCGAUCAUGACACAUCACUGUUGUCUUCAUUUUUGUCUUAUGUGAAAAGGC